GUCGACGAGACGGUCCGUUGUUGUAUUUGGCAUGGCGUCACCGUACGAGGUGCCCCGUGAGACCAGAGGUCCCGCGCUGGCCGCGGCCGGCGUGAGGCCGCGCGUGGACCCCGAAGCCCUUGGCGAAGUGGACCCUACACAUUAUCCGGAUGCCAAGGAGUCGACGAACAAAAUCCGCGGAAAGUCCGACCUGAUCGAGCUGAUAUUCGGCGAGGUCGACCAGGAACUGCUCACGGUCAAGACGUUCUACUUCUUCUUCUACUCCGCUUUCGGCUCGCUGUUCCCUCUGAUGGGCGUCUACUUCAAGCAGAUGGGCAUGAACCCCAGCCAGUGCGGGCUGCUGAUCGGCUCCAGGCCGUUUGUCGAGUUCCUGGCGGCGCCAUUUUGGGGAGGCCUGGCUGAUAGAUGGCGCAAAGGGAAACUGUUACUGUUGGCUUCUUUAUCGUGUUGGAUCAUUUUUACACUGCCAUUGAACUUUACGGAUCCACCGCCCACGAAGUGCUUAGUGAAAAUCAAUCAAACGACUUACAUGCUAGAAACGCCAAACAGGGAGCAGAGACUUUACAAACGAGACGUGUCCAGCGUGGAAUUCGGUAACGCCGUCGUCGACAUAUUUUACAACGAUACAGAAGUGGCAGAUCUGACGAUGCCCGUGAUUCACCGGACCAGACGAGGUGCCAGGCCCAGGAACACGGCAGGUCGGUCUCCGGUGGGCGUGCAAUUUGCUCAGAACUACAACCAAAAGGAGCAUUACAACUUGGUCUAUCCAACGCACAGUCACAACGUGUACAAGAUCGAGGACAUUGAGAAAUCGGUCUUCCUGAUUCUGCUUCUAGUCAUGAUUGGCGAGUUCUUUAGUGCUCCCGCCAUCACAUUAGCCGACUCGGCGGUCAUCACACUAUUAGGCGCGGACGCUGACAAAUAUGGCCAUCAGAGAAUGUUUGGUUCGCUGGGUUGGGGAUUGUCUAUGUUCUUCGUGGGAAUAGCGCUGGAUCAUUCGACAGCUUUCCCGAAUCAUCCGUGCGGCGGGCCUCAAGACAGAGAAAAAAAUUACACAAUUUGCUUUGCCACAUUCUCAGUACUUAUGGGCGCCGCCUUGAUCACGGCCACCCAAAUGAAUUUCCGUCACGAAGACGCCGAAGAAGAAGAACAGACUGUAAUGAUGACUGAAAAAACGAAUGCACAACCGACUAAAGACGAUUACCUACAACAAGAGUUGGCACAACAGCUCAACUUACCGUCGUUGGCACCGAACGCUGCUGGAUUACCUCCUAGACCGCAAACAUGUCCUGAAAUCGAAGAACCUAGCUUAAAGAGGAUGAAUCAAAUCAAAACAAAGAUUUUUGCACAGACUACAAAGAAAAUUCCUGAAUGGAUAACUGUUCUGAAGUAUUUUGCCAAUCUAAAGUGCGGAUCGUUUUUGUUUGUAUCUUGGUUCAUGGGUUUUGGUAUUGGAUUAAUAUUUACAUUUUUGUUCUGGCAUUUGCAAGAUUAUGGUGGAUCGCCGACGCUUUUUGGUGUGGCAUCAGUUAUCAAUCACAUUUCUGAAAUUUUUGCUUAUUUCUUUAGCUUUAAGCUAAUCCGUCAAAUGGGACACGUCAAGGUGCUGUGUUUGGGAUUGGCUGGCAACAUACUCCGGUUUUUGUAUAUCUCUUGGCUCAAAAACCCUUGGUGGGUGCUACCGUUCGAGUUCAUGCAAGGUAUAACGCAUGCGGCAGUUUGGGCUGCUUGCUGUUCCUAUAUUGCACACAACACACCUCAACAGUUACGGAGCUCGGCGCAGGGGGUUCUACAAGGUAUCCAUCACGGUUUAGGCAGAGGAUGUGGUGCUGUUAUCGGUGGAAUGUUCGUCUCGCAGUUCGGUACCACAACGACUUUCAGAGGUUACGGAUUCGUAUGCGCGAUAGUUUUGGCGGCGUUUAUCUUUAUCAAUUUCUACAGGAAAGACACUGGAUUCGUAUCGGAAUUACCUGUUGCCGAAGAUCCACAUCAGGUGGCUGAAGAAACAGCACAUUUAGCACCUCAUGGCGUUCCUAGCAAUCCUAUACCUAGGGGUCUGUCCAGCAACAAACUACAAGAUCUGGCAACAGAGAACCACGGAUAUGGCGCUACCCAUUCGUACGCUGGUGGAAAUUUGAACAUACCACAAGGCCCGUCGAAUCCGUUCCGACAAAACAACGCUUACCAACAAUCCGGUGGUAACUCCGGCAAAGCCUACACGAGCGAGUGUAUCCAAAAACAAUAUACGAAGCAUUCAAAGGCACCCGAGCUUAUAAGUCCCGGACCGAUGAAUAGAAACACGCCUCUGCAUUAAUGGUAAUGCGAAUGGACAGUUUUGAACACAAGUGACGACUUUUUUCCAAUUUGUUUUUAUGUGACUCAGUGUUGAUAUUGUGUUGAAUAAAAAUGAAACAUUUUUGUCUUAUUAACGUUAUGGAAACGACAACCGACGCGACGCACUGUUGCGACGGUGUCGAUUUUUUUCCAAUUAUUGUAGUAAAUCAUAUUUAUUCAACCGAUAAUAAUAAAUUAUACUACUUGGUACACAGUUAAUGCAAACAAUAUUAAUUGUUAUCUAAUAAUUAAUGAUAUACUUUAAUUUAUAAAAAAAUUUAUGUAUAGCAAUAAUAACAAUACAAAUGCGUUAUUCAGCCAGGAGAUUGUUUCUACCUAUAUAUUAUGACCGUUACAGCUUAUGCCGGUUUUCUAAUUUCCCCCCCUCUUGAAUAGAACACAUUUUAUUAAUGCAUGUAUAGCAUGUAUUCACUUGACUCGAUUUAGAAUAUUAUAAUAUUAAAUACAAAUAAUAUUUAAUUUAUUAUUGGUGUCUAACGGUCAAAAAGAUGUCAUCGCGGUAGGUUAUUGCUUUUGUGAUACGUUUUGAUUUUCAUUUGAGUUGCGUUUAUAUAAAAAAAAAAAAAAAAAUUUAAUGGGACAUUGUUUA